GGGCUGCCUCUUCCAGAAAGUGGCAGGCCCCUGGGACACUACAUCUGAGCAUCUAGUGUCGGCUGCACCUGCCUCAACUGCCUGUAGUUUGAAGCAGGAGCUACCACUGAUUCUAGAGAGAGCUGAAGGGUCAGGGGCUGGAGGUGAGCUACUAGGCACAUUCCAGGGCUGGUGAUGUUUGCACCCAUAGACCUGCUCAGAAAUCUUGUUCUCUCCAUGGAACCUGAAGCUAGGGUCAAGGACAUGUGCUAUGGUCCAGAAUCAAGCCACAGAGCAGUCAGCAAUGGCCCCACACAGGAGCAGCACAGACCUCACUGUCCAUGCAGGCAUGUCCUGGGCCAGGACUGCCUGGAUGGGCAGAUCUUGGGACAGCUGCACCCCCUGACAGAAGGGGAAGAGGAGGAAGGCUCUGGGGCCACCUUUCCUGGGGAGGGGGCUACCUUCCCUGAGAUGGGCUCAAAGGCGCUGCGCCUGGCCUCCUUCUACGACUGGCCACCCACUGCUGGGGUUCAACCUGAGCUGCUGCUGGCUGCUGCUGGCUUCUUCCAUACAGGCCAGCAGGACAAGGUGAGGUGUUUCUUCUGCUGGGGUCUACAGAGCUGGGAGUGUGGGGAUGAUCCCUGGACUGAGCAUGCCAGGUGGUUCCCCAGGUAAGGGCCCUCUCUCUUCUAUGGGUGUCAGUUCCUGCUACAGUCAAAAGGAAGGGACUUUGGGCAGAGCAUCCAAGCCUGUGCUCCCCUGCUUGGCUCCUGGGGCCAAUGGGAAGAACCAGAAGAUGCAGCUCCUGCCACUGCCUCAGCUCCUGUCCAUGGAUGUCCUGAGCUGCUUGAAUCUAGAAGAGAGACCCAGUGUGAAGAUGCCAGUGAGCCAGGUGCAGCUGGGAUCUGCCUGGGUGAUGCACAGGAGCAGUUGCAGCGGUUGCAGGAGGAGAGGACACACAAGGUGCGCCUGGAUCAAGCUGUAUCUAUCGUCUUUGUGCCACGCGGCCACUUAGUCUGUACAGAGUGUGCCCUCAACCUGCAGCUGUGCCCCAUGUGUAGGGCACACAUCCACAGCUGUGUGCGCACCUUCCUGUCUGUCCUAGGCCGGGCUCUACACUGCAGGGUGGACAUGCUGCCUGCCUCGACCUUUCCAGACCAUACAGUGGAUCUGCUGAGGAUACCAGAGUCCCCUGCAGACAGUACGGCAUACUUUCAGAAUGGACGGGCCUCAGGUACCUCCUGA